AUGCACGUCCGCCAUCUUGGCGUACGGUGGGGCCCAACGCCGGGGGCUGGGCCCGCGCGCUCGGCUCCCUGGCGGCCUGCACCGUGCGCUCCGAGGACCCCGACAGCGACCCGUGGGAGUAGCGGAAGCAGACGCGGAGGAGCGGCGGAGUCCCGGGGGGGGCAUGUUAAUCCGCCGUUCGGCCGGGCCGCCGGCGCGGCCAUCUUGCCGUACGGACGGCCCGGCGCGCCAUGCCGCCGUACGGGGCCGCCGGCCCAGAGCGCCCCCGCCCACCCCCGACGCCGCGAGCCGCGGGCUGCGCCCCGCCGGGUAUUGGGGAACCCGGGGAAGCCGAGGCCCGGCCGGGCGGCCGGGCGGCGGGGCGGCGGGGCGUGCGCCGCCAUCUUGCCGUACGGGAGCCGCGGGGGCCGGCUCCCACGUCCCGCAGCCGUGUCGCCGCGCGCCCUCCCCUCGGGGCGGUCCCGCUCGCGGCGCGGCGAGGCGAGGGCCGGAGCCUGGCGGCGGCGCGGCGGCCUGAGGCCCGAGAUGGUGAUCUGCUGCGCGGCCGCGAACUGCUCCAACCGGCAGGGCAAGGGGGAGAAGCGCGCCGUCUCCUUCCACAGGUUCCCCCUAAAAGACUCAAAACGUCUGAUCCAGUGGUUAAAAGCUGUUCAGAGGGAUAACUGGACCCCCACUAAGUAUUCUUUCCUCUGUAGUGAACAUUUCACCAAAGACAGCUUCUCCAAAAGGCUGGAGGAUCAGCAUCGUCUGCUCAAGCCCACGGCGGUGCCCUCCAUCUUCCACCUGCCCGAGAAGAAGAGGGGCACUGGAGGUCAUGGCCGCACGAGGAGAAAGGUCACCAGAAAGGCCUCGGGGGGCCUGAGGGGACACGCGAGCGGGGCGGACGGGAAAGGAGCUACAGGUUCAUCAUCGUCCUUGGGUGAAAACCUGAUGGCCAAGCCAGGGUCCCGGAAGGUGAAGCAGGCUGCACUGCAGAAUGAAACUGCGCCCAGGGCCUCCCAAGAAGCCACCAGUCCGGAGCGCACGUUGCAGGCCCCGGAAGGAACUGCAGGCGAUGGUCUGGCCACGGCUGCGGCGAGCAGCCAGGGAGCAGCUGUGGAUGCUGGUGGUGAGAGCACCGCCCCCGACCACGGUGACCUGGUGGAUAAGAGCGGCAUUUCCAUGGAUGACUUUACCCCGCCAGGGUCUGGGGCUUGCAAGUUUAUUGGCUCACUUCAUUCUUACAGUUUCUCUUCCAAGCACACUCGAGAGAGGGCAUCUGUCCCCCGAGAGCCUGUUGACCGAAAGAGGCUGAAGAGAGACGUGGAGCCCGGCUGCAGCGGGACCAGCCUGGGGCCCGACAAGGGCUUGGCCCAGAGCCCCCCAAGUUCAUCACUCACAGCCACGCCUCAGAAGCCCUCCCAGAGCCCCUCUGCCCCUCCGGCAGACGUCACCCCGAAGCCCGCGGCCGAAGCCGUGCAGAGUGAGCGCAGCGACGCCAGCCCCAUGUCCAUCAACGAGGUCAUCCUGUCAGCGUCGGGGGCCUGCAAACUCAUCGAUUCGCUGCACUCCUACUGCUUCUCCUCCCGACAGAACAAGAGUCAGGUGUGCUGCCUGCGGGAGCAGGUGGAAAAGAAGAACGGCGAGCUGAAGACCCUGCGGCAGAGGGUCAGCCGCUCCGACAGCCAGGUGCGCAAGCUGCAGGAGAAGCUGGACGAGCUGAGGAGAGUGAGCUUCCCCUACCUGAGCGGCCUGCUGCCCUUCAGCCGCGGUUUAUUUAAUUGUCAGAGUGAGAGAGCGAGCACAAGCAGGGGGAGCAGCAAGCAGAGGGUAGGCUCUCCACUGAGCAGGGAGCCUGACGUGGGGCUCGAUCCCAGGGCUCUGGGAUCAUGACCUGAGCCGAAGGUAGACGGACGCCCAACCGACUGAGCCACCCAGGCGUCCCGAAUAUAUUCGUUUUGUAAAACUUAAAGUACUACAGGAAUAUAUGGGCUAAGAAGUGGUGAGAGUUCCCUUUUCUCACCUCCCACCUUUUAGUCCUUGUUAAAACUUCUUGUGUAAUCUUUUAGAUUAUUUUCUAUGCUUUUAUGUACAUGUCUUUGUACCUGUACUGAUGGGUUGGAUAUAUAUUUUAUAUGUUUAUUGGCUCUGUUUAUGCUUUUCGUCUUACUAGUGCUUGUAAAAAUUGCUUUCAAGUUAUUCUUUGCAUUUUGAGUAUAGUAUUUUUUACCUGCUGUGUAUCGUGGAAGAUGUUUUCCUGCUUAUUGUUCAUUUAAUCUGGAUCAAUAUUUGUCUUUCUGGACAUAAUGAACACUUCGUGGGGAGGCUCUCAGUGUGACAGGCUGUUUAGGACCUCCUGGACCCCAGGGCAACAACCAUCAGCACAACCAAAAACAAAAGCAGAAAAACAGACCCACCCUGUGCAUUUCCAAAUGCACACUGGGGGAAGAACAGCUCCAGUUGAGGACCACCGAUGUACUGGUCUGCUAUCAUUUUAAAGCGGUUUUUGUAGUUUCUCGUAGCUGGUACUACUUUGGUACCUUUUUCUGUUCUCGGUCAGACUUCCCCAAGUCUGUCACAAUUACAGGUCUUUUCAAACUAAGCCUUCGCUCCAUCGAGCAAGGCUGCUUUGCUGUUUCCACUUCAUUAAUCCUCACUUCUUUCUACUUUUCUUCGGUUUUAUUUUGUUGUUCUGGCUCCUGGAAGGAAGCGCUUAGCUUCUGCAUGUGUAGUUUAUAUUUCCUGAUACGUACUCUUGAAGGUGUUUCGCUUCUUCCAUCCCGUUGGUCCCCCCGAGGAUUUAUCUCGUGCUCCUCUCAUUGCUGUUCAUUUCUGAAUAGUUAGUUCAGUCUUUAUUCCCUCUUUAACUGAUUUAGAAGGGCUUGGAAGUUUUUCAAGUGGAUGGGUUGAGGCAGGGGAGCUAAUUUUUUGAUUUUUUUUUUGACAGGUUCAAAUAUGCUAUUAAGUUUUUUUUUUAAGUUCCAACGUAAUUAACGUGCAGUGUUGUAUUAGUUUCAGGUGUACAAUCGUAGACAGGACUCUGCUCAUCAAGAGAAGUGUGCUCUAAUCCCCUUCACUUGUUUCACCCGUGUGUUUUUUCCCCCUCUCUUUUUUGUGAUGAUUUUUAAACUUUAUUGUUUCAAGGUCCAGUGAUUUGGUCACAUAAAGAUAGCUACUUUGGGGGCUCUUUUUUGGGAUUUCAUUGUGGUUUAGAUUGGCUUGUUUUUGUGACUGUUUCAUUGUGGUUUGAGAAGAAUGUAUCAGCCCCAGUAGUUGGUUACAUUGUUCUCUGUCUCACUGAGCCUGAGUCUGGCUUGUGAGUCAACAGAUCUGCGCCCUGACUUCCUGAAUCCCUCGAUCCCUGCGAGAGAGCGCAGAGGUGCCCGGUUCUGCUGGAUGUCUCCCCACCCUGUGUCAGAUGCUCAGGUGUUCCUGACGGUUGUCAACAUGGAGCACCCCUUCUUUGCCCCAGUUUAAGUGUUACUUCUCUAUCUCCUUAUUUUUCAAACUUUUUUAUAUCCCUUUAUUUUUUUUAGCUACAUUUUAACUCAAUCUGUGGGUCUUCAUUUUUUAUAGAGCAAUUGAAUCCAUUUACUUGUGAUUAUUAAUAAGUU